GAAGUUUAGUGGCGAGGCCCUGUCCACAAAGAAAUGGCGAGUGGAGUCGGGAAACACAAGAGGCUGUCCGUUGGCCCGACGGAGCCGUGGUCAUUGAGGGAGAAACUAUGCCUAGCCUCCUCUGUUAUGAGGAGCGGAGACCAAAACUGGGUGUCAGUCAGCAGAGCCAUCAAGCCUUUCUCAGAGCCAGGCCGCCCUCCAGACUGGUUCUCCCAGAAGCACUGUGCCUCUCAGUAUUCUGAGCUGCUGGAGACCACAGAGGCUCCAAAGCGUAAGCGUGGAGAGAAGGGUGAGGUGGUGGAGACCAUUGAGGAUGUGAUCGUACGGAGACUCACCGCCGAGAGGAUAGAGGAGCUGAAAAAACUACUGAGAGACACACAGGACAAAUACAGAAAGCUGAAGAAGGAGGUGGAUCUGAUCCAGACAGGACAUCUGGAUUCACGGCUAGAGGAGCUGUGGACAGACAUAACACAGAAAAAUAAGCAGGAUGAGGAUGAGGCAGAUCUUAAGAGAAAGGCCACAGAGACAUCAUAUCAGGCUCGCCAAGCGGUUAAGAACACGCCCAAGCGGGUGUCCAGUGUCACUUUACGCUCCCCUCUGGGUGCCAGUCCCACGAGCAUGGAGGGCGCACAGACAGACACCCCCACACCCCCAAUAGAAACAGCCAUGCCCCAGGCAGAGGAGACCCUUGGUGCCAAUUUGUCCCAGGGGGGAGCCGUGUUCCUACCGUCAUCGGAUGCUCCAAUAGCGGGGCCUAAGGAGGGAAGCCUGGGGUCUCUGGUAGACGACUCCCCACAGAAGAGGCUCCUCAGUCAGAAGUCCACGCCGCCUCCCUCCCCUCUCCUUUCAGAGCUACUGAAGAAAGGAAGCCUGAUCUCUGCUAGCCCCAGACUGGUAGUGGAGGGGGAAGCUGCUGCUGCAGGACUGGCUAACGGAGGAGUUCCUACUACAACCCCCACUAUCACAGCAGACUUUGAGGUCGCCAGCGCAGUCAAAGAGGCAGGCUCAGAGAUGGUGGAGGAGGACCAUGUACCUGGUUCCUACAUGGGGGAUGAGCUGGACCUGGAGACAGUGGGAGAUAUCAUCUCCAUCAUAGAGGAGAAGGUGGAUGACUCUGUGGAGGCUCUAGAUGCUGCAGCAGUGGAGGCUGCUCUCUCUCUCUGUGAGGAAGCUGUUUCUGCUGGCCACUCCCUCUCAGGCCCAUGGGAGGCCCAGGACUUAAAGGCCUCAGAGCCUGGUCCUAUGGUUCAGUCUUACCCCACACAUGGGCUUCAGGCUGCGGCUGGAGCUAACCCUGGGAGCCUGGAGCCACAGACAGAGAGUGGAAGGGGGGAAGCCGAAGAGGGGAACGGGAAGGACUGUGAGAGACAAGAAACAGUGCAGACAAAUGUGGCCCCUUCUGUUGUCGCUGAUGAUGGCCUGGCAGGAAGUGAGGUCACUGAGGAGGGAGUUCUGGGGGAGGAAGGAGCCCUGAGCACAGCUGUGAAGACUGAAAAUGAGGAGUGGACCCAGCCAGAACUAAACACACCCUGCCUAGACUCAGAAGACAGCUCUGGAUCAGGGAAAGAGUCUAAGGAAGUGAAGGAUGAGGAUGGAGGGAGCGACGGAGAUCCUGAUGAAGGAAUGGAGAUGAAGGAAUGUGGAGAGGGGGAGGGGCCCUACCUAUCAGAAGUAGAACCGGCAGCCAGUGAGAGCGAGGACGGCUAUGGCCCCUCUUCCCAACGCUACACCACAGCUGAUUCGCUAGCCAGCAGCCCCGCCUCUUCCCAGUUUUCAAUAUGUGGGGAGGAUCAGGAGGCCGUUCAGGCUCAGAAGAUCUGGAAGAAAGCCAUUAUGCUGGUGUGGAGAGCAGCAGCCAAUCACAGGUACGCCAGUGUGUUCCUUCAGUCUGUGUCUGAAGACAUUGCUCCUGGUUACCACAGCAUUGUACACAGACCCAUGGAUCUGUCAGCCAUCAAGAAGAGUAUCGAGGCGGGUCAGAUCCGUACGACAGCAGAGUUCCAGCGUGACAUCAUGCUGAUGUUCCAGAACGCGGUGAUGUACAACAGCUCUGACCACGACGUGUUCCACAUGGCCCUGGAGAUGCAGAGAGAUGUUCUAGAACAUGUGCAGCAGUUCCUGGCCACUCAGCUGAUCAUGCAGACCUCAGAGUCCUCCAUCUCCACCAAGAGCCUCAGAGGCCGCGAGGGGGGCCGCAAGCCAGGGGAGUCUGUGGAGAAGGACGGGGGCACCAGAGGGCGCCGCUGUGCUAUUGAAGCAGACAUGAAGAUGAAGAAAUAACCAGAGUCAAAAGGCAGUAGGACAAUAGAUUGCCAACAGGCCAUAGUGCUGGAGGUUUAAAGAGAGACUUGAUGCAGGGCUGCAGUCCUCUGACAUUCUCCUCUCCAGGCCAUUUCUGAUUGAUCAUUGUGUACCAUAGUUGUGUACAGUUUAAUUAACUAACUUAAGUCUAUGAUUGUAUUUAAAGCCAGUACACUAGAUAUCCAGACAUCAUAUGAUUCUCGUUGAUAUUUGCCACUGGUAAUCAGCAGACACUGCAUCCCUGGAGGACUGAAUCUGUUUUACAACUGCAGUAGUACUAAAGUACUAGUGACUGACUUGGGGCCCUGUUGUUUUGUGUAUAGGAUGUAGCCAACUGCAAAAUAUCCUUCAAGGAAUCAUGAUCCCACUGUCCACGAACUGGUUGGUUGAAUCAACAUUGUUUCAAUAUAAUUUGUCAAUGUAUUGUAACGUGGAAUCUAUACUGAACAAAAAUAUAAACGCGACAUGCAACAAUUCCCACACCACACGAUCCCGCAGUUCUGGUGAAGAAGCUGUAUGUGGAGGUCCUGUGCUGACGUGGUUAUACAUGAUCUGUGUAACCACGGUUGUACUGACAUUCUCUAAAACGAUGUUGGAGGUGGCUUAUGGUAGAGACAUUCGGCUCUGGUGGACAUUCCUGCAGUCAGCAUGCCGAUUGCGCGCUCGCUCAGCAC